AUCGACACCCUUCCGACCUCUCCUGCCCAGCACCAGAGAAAAAUAAACUCCCGUCGCAGAGAUUUCUGAUUCCUCCGAGUCGACUCUUCCAUCUGCUGUCAUAAGGCACCCACUCACCCAUUCACACCUUAUUACUCGGUACUCAUACCGCCGCCCAACCCCAUCGGAGAUUCCCCCGUGCCUGCAGCCUCUUUUCUUUUGCGCCUGCUUCCUUCCUCCCAUUCCCACCCCGCCUUCCUGCCACUCUGGGUAUCUGCUCUUACCCUCUCGUUUGGGUCCCCAAACCAACCAACCCAGCCGUGCUUGCCUUGCCUCGCGCUUGCCUUGGCCCCUAAGUACAUGACGGCAUUGCUGCGGCUCGACUGAAUUUGCUGAAAACAAGGCGCCCGGUUGCCUCGUUCGUCGCUUCUACUCCAUUGACAUAAAGCCCAUUCUUUAACCCGUCCGCCCACAAGCUUGUCUCGUCAACCUCCUACAAGCUUCUUCUGCCUGUUUCGCGCAAGCCUUGCCAUCGUCGACAUCAGCAAGCUUCCGCAGCUGUCGUCACAUCGCCCACUCGCAUCUUCAGGUCACUAUCAACACCAAAACCACUACUUCGUAUUACCGCCAGCCAGUGCGACAACAACUCCAAUAGCUUGAAUGCCCGAACCGGAGGCCACCCCCGAGUUCCAGGCUACUGCUGCCGACCUCUCGCCUUACUGUCCAUCUCCCCUCCACUCCGCCGCAACAGCCGUUGUACCUGCUCUCCAGGAUACUGCUGAUAUCCUUGAUGCAAUGACCGCCCACACUAAUGGAGUCGCUCAAGGCGACCUAGACGAACCUGCACAUGCACCAAUUUCCACCGAGCCGUAUGCGCAAGCCGCCACAGACAACGCAGACGCCGAAGACGACGUCGACAGUCUGGACGAUGCCUACGGCGAGGAAGAGGAGACACACACGGACAAGGUCCAGGAACAGCAGGUGGAGCCAGAUGCCGGCGAGGAUGAUUAUCUCAAGAUCUUCGACUCUCCUCCCCGGGACGCGGACGAAGAUGGCGCGGAAGAGGAUGAUGUAUCAAAGGCACCAGAAUCCAUUCACAAUUCCGCCGCUCCUGAUUCUUUGACAAGCCCUUCGCAAGUGGCCCCUUCCACCGUCGCUGCCGCUGAUUCCUCGUCGGCCACUGCUACUGCUGCAGAACACUCCACCAAAUCCGCGCCUUCCCAACCAGCUGCCGCCCACCAAGGAGCUGAUUCAAGCGCGCCUCAUUCGACUGCCAACGGCGCCUCCUUCAACGCACGCAAUGACAAUGCCCCCGAGGAUGACCCCGCCGUUGAUAUCUCGCGCCUUGUUGCUGAGAUGACAGGCCAGGCGAGCGAGUCCAGCAACAACCAAUCUCCCACUGGCUCUACUCAGAACCAUGAUGCUCAGCCAUCGUCCAACUUGACCUCGUCUGCGUCUGCCACUCUUCCUCCCAGACCUCCGUUGCCCCAACAGGCGGCUCCCACAUAUCCAUCUGAAGACUAUCGAGGCUUCCCUCCUCAGACCGCUGCUUCUCAUGUCUCUCCCAACAUGAUUGCUCCGCCCACGUCAGGUCAACCAUCUGCUUACGUAGCUACGGGUGCUCCCGGUGCCCCUGGUACCGCAUCCGACGUCUAUGGCAGCCUCCCACCUCCACCCGCCAACGGUUUGAACGCGGCCAUGCCCAUUACUUCAAUGAACGCGCCUCCCUAUCCCACUCCUGGCGGCUACCCCGCCGGCCAGACGGACGAGACUGCUGACCGCCAGAAGCUGUGGGACACUUUCGUAAACGACGAGCGCCGUUACAUGGCUGAUGCCAAAUGGGAUAAAUUCCCCGAUGGCUCACGCAUCUUCAUUGGCAACCUGUCGAGCGAACGCGUUUCCAAGCGGGACGUCUUUGAUAUCUUCCACAGAUACGGCCGUCUCGCCCAGAUUUCACUCAAAUCCGCCUAUGGCUUCGUCCAAUAUCACAAUCUCGAAGAUGCCCAAGCUGCCAUGGACAAUCUGCAGGGCAGCGAAAUCAAGGGUCGCAAGAUUCAUCUGGAAAUUUCACGCGCCCAAAAGAAGAAGGACGGCAACGAGAGAAACCGCUCGCCAGACCGUGGCGGUCGUGGAGGCCGACAGUCAGGACGUCAAGAUCGUCAUGACGGAGCCAACUCACACCAUGACAACCGUCGUAACCGCGAUGAUUACAGGCCGGGACGUAACAGCCCUCCCCGACGGGGCCAUGGCCGUGAGGAUAGUCAUGGUCGGGAUCGUUACCAGCAGGACUCUCAUGACCGCUCCCGCGGUCGUUCGCGGUCUCCGCAGGGAUAUGGCCGCCACAACGAUGGAUACCGCCGGCGUAGCCCCAGCCCGCCUGCGGCUUAUGGCCGUCCUUCGGCAGCUGACGACCGUCUCGACAUUCCUCGCCGCUACGGCAACCAGGUUCCUGACGUUCAAUUCUUGCUCCUCCAGGAUCUUAGCCGCGACUUCAUAACCUGGGUUCAGCGCGGUUUCACCGAUCGCGGCCUGAAAGUUGACGUCAUGUUCCUUCACCCGAGCUUCCCUCGCGAGGCUAUUCUCCAACGCCAAGUCAUCGAAGGUGUACACGCCAUUGUUGACCUCGACAUACAGGCACAAAACAUGGGCAAGAUCCCGCUCCGAGUCUUCGACCGCUCCGGAGGCGUCAGUGCCCGAUACGACGACUAUCGAGACAUCGACCCGCCGAUCGCGGCAGAGCUCGUCCUCCGGGCCAAGUCACAAGCUGUGCCGGCGGCACCUUAUCAGAAUGGCCCGCCUCCCCAGCCUCAGUACCCGGGAUACGGACAGCCUUAUGGAGGGCAGCCCGUACCUCCUCAGGCACCUGUUUAUCACGGAGGUCAGGGACCGCCGCGUGGACCUCCUGUCCAACAACCCCAACCACCGGCUGGAGUGCCAGCCGACCUCGCCAGCAUGAUGAGCGGUAUCGAUAAUGCGACCUUGCAGCGGUUGCUGGUUAGCUUGAACCCCCAGGGUGGGCCGGCGGCUGUCAACAAUGCUGCCGGAGCGGCGAACGCUCAGCUGCAAGCCCUUAUGGGUGGUCUUCAGCAAGUGCCGCCUGCGGCACCAACGCAGCCUGCCUCGUAUGGCGGACAGGCCUUUGCUCCGAAUGGCGCGCCACCCCCGAAUGGCCCGAACGGCCACCCUCCUGCAACUGGCACAGGUGAUUCCGCAGUGCAGGUUCAGAAUAUCAUGGCACAGCUUGCCAGAUAUCGGCAGUAAGGUGUGCGAUAUGGGAGCUCAUUUCACUGGCGCUUGAUGAAGACAUGAUGUGGAAGGGGCUUGCUUAUUUGUUACCCGGCGUUACGGGCAUGCAGUCCCAUGAGGAGGCUGCUUAAAAGGGUGGGAAAACUGUGCUUUUCUUAUAGAUUUGCAGAAGCCAUGCCCAAUAGGGCGGGUUGCUGUAACCCAGGCGUUCAC